GCAAAUUUUGUUCGAGCCCUGCCAAUUACCAAGACGCGCACAAAAAUCGGUCUUGAUAUCGGCGAACGGCAGCGACACCGAUUCUUUGACGGCAUCAGAACAGCAAAGGUACGCCGAGCAUUUCCUACCUACUCCCUUGUAAUUCUAGACUACGAUCAUCUCUUCCCGCCAUUUGCGCAUCUUGCACGAUUUUCUUCGCCGCCGCCCCGCUAGAUUUCCCUCGCUAACACGACCGACCGCAUUAGAACGUCGACCAAAAUGGCAUCGAUCGAUAUCGGAGCGACAAGCUGGCGUCGCGUCGAGGUUGGGCGCGUGCUCAAGCUCGAGAGCGGCAGCCUGGCCACCAUCGUCGAGAUCAUUGACCACAAGCGCGCUCUCGUCGACGGCCCCUCCACAGACGACAAGCUUGCGACGCCCCGCGGCGUCGUCCAGCUUUCCCGGACUCUCCUCACCCCUAUCGUCGUCGACAAGCUCCCCCGCGGCGCGCGGUCGGGUACCGUCAAGAAGGCGUGGGAGGCUGCUGGUGUCGACAGCAAGUGGGCCGAGGGCAACUGGGCGAAGAAGCAGCUUCAGCAGGAGCGCCGCCAGUCGCUCACCGACUUCGACCGCUUCAAGGUUAUGCGGUUGAAGAAGCAGAGGCGCUUCGCGGAGCGCAAGGCUCUCGCCAAGAUCAGGGCCGCGGCAUAAAGAACGAUUUGCUGCUUUAGAUGGGGAGCGUUUGGUCCGGCAUGGCUUUUCGGGGGGGAGGAUGGUAUUCUGGAACGGUCUGCAUGAACAUCAGCAUUCGGGUUGCUGGGUUUCUUUUUGCGUCGCUUUCGGAAGACCUGUAUGUCACAUCAUCAACGUGACCGGCGUCAUAAGGAAAAUGCGAAAUUGAGCCAAAAACAACCAAGAAGACCCUACGGGCUGCUGCCCAUGCCACAAGCACGGCGCCAUAGUGCGCAGGUCUGUGAGCCAUCAGAAUACGAGACUCUACGGAGUGCCGCGGCGGCGAAUGUUUCUGUUCUAUAUGCCUAGAUUCUCGUACAUGGUAGCUUCGCUUGGUGACAUCUUGACAUGUCUGGCAGAUGCUGUAAUGCCCGGAGUUCGGAAAGCGAGAGCGGCCUGCUGCGUACAUAGAGAGGGACUCGGAAACCAUAAUGAUUAC